CUUUUACCAAGCCAACUUAAAGCAACUAUCUCUAUCGCAAUGUCUGAUACUGGCCGUCAAUCCUUCACCGACAAGAUGGGCUCCACUAUGAAGCCCGACUCCCAGAAGUCCACCAUGGAACGCACUGGUGACCGCAUGAAAGGCACCAUGGACUCUGCUGCCUCGAGCAUGCAACCCAACAGCCAGAAGUCCACUGGCCAGCAGAUGGGCGACACCAUGAGCUCCAACUCUAACCAGAACCAGGAUUCCAUGAUGGACAAGGCCAAGAAUGCCAUGGGCCUUGGUGACUCGAAGUAAACGAAGGAGAUGUAUAACUUGUAUAAUCCCCAUGUACCACCACCAAUCGUUCAAUAGUCCCGAUGUGUAACAGUAUACUCUGUGAUACCUGAUAAUCUAUAUCGUCAUGUGUCUAUGGUA